AUGGCCAACAGAAAACAUCGACAGCCGAAGAAGAGCAAGGCCAGCCAGCAAAAGGCUGGACAGCAAGGCGAUGGCGGCACCGCAGACGGCACCACAGCAUUGACAUCGUCGGAGCAGCGGCUGGCGAAGGAGACGCAAGAUGAUGACAGGACGAGGGGCCGUGGUGGGGGCGAGGUGGUCGUCGUAAAAUAUUACACGCCACAUACGGACAAUUCGCAAGCCCGCGGCCGGUCGAGUUCGGUGCCCUGCGGCGAGAAGCCGAGUAUGCUGUCCCCAGAAGACGAGAAGAAGACGGGAGAGGGGAAGCAGUCCGGGGAAUAG